CUACCUAGCGCAUAAUGUCCGCAGGCCAAGCACAAGCUACAUCUGCCGCGCCCACGACGGAAGCUUCCUCCAAGUCAAUCCCGGCAACGCAGAAGUCGUGGCGCGUCACCGGAAGUGGCGACAUCGACAAGGUGCUCAAGUUCGGGGACGUCCCGGUGCCGAAGCUGAAGAAAGGCUAUGUCCUCGUCAAGGUCCAGGCGGCCGCUCUCAACCCAGUUGGUCACAAGGUCCUCAAACUCCUCCCCGGUUUCAUCGCGCGCCGUGCCAAGGCGCACGAAUUUGAAAUCGCGGGUGUAGUUGUGGACGCCAACGGCACCGAGUUCAAGGAGGGCGGCGAGAUAUUCGGCGCCACACCCGUCCUGUCUGUGUUCCAGAACGGCUAUGGGGCCCUCGCACAGUACACCGCCGUCUCCGCACAGCAAGCCAUCCUCCGCCCGAAAAACGUUACCCCCACGCAGGCCGCGGGUCUCUCCAUCGCAGGCCUCACCGCAUACCAGGGGCUGAUCGACAUCGCCAAACUCGAGGCGGGCCAGUCGGUCUUUAUCAACGGGGGCAGCACCGCGGUGGGCUCGUUCGCGAUCCAGCUCGCGAAGGCCAAGGGCGCACGCGUCGCGGUCAGCGCGUCGGGGAAGAAUGAGCAAUACGUGAGGGACCUAGGCGCGGACGAGUUCUUCGACUACACGAAGGCCCCGCUACACGAGCAGCUCAUUGCGGCCGACCCGAACCCGAAGUAUCACGUUUUCUUGGAGGCGGUAGGAAUGAACGACCCCACCCUCUUCGUUGAGAGCGAGAAGUACCUCGCGCCCGGGGGCGUGUUCUUGGACGUCGGGCCGCAAGGCGGAUACCUCAAGUUCUUCUGGAAGGUGUUCCUGCAACCGUCCUGGUUAGGUGGAACAAAGCGGACAUGGAAGCUUAUUGCUCUCGAUGUGAAGAAAGAGUACUUGGUGGCCUUCGCUAAGCUGGUUGAAGAGGGCAAAGUGAAGCCAUUGGUCGAUUCGGUUUUCUCAUUCGAGGAUACGCUCAAAGCGUACGAGCGGAUCAAAACCAGCAGGGCGACUGGAAAGGUGGUUGUGAAGGUAGACCCUACGGCAGAGUGAAAUGUUCCGCAUGGUAAAUUUGGUGCCCUCUCUCCGUUUGACUCGUGUGGUAUGGGGUGUUCUUCAGUAUACCAGGCUAUAGUUGUAGCGAUGAUACCUCAUGAUU